GGAAGAAGCGAAGGUCCUGAUGAAGCAGGAUAAAUUCGCCCGAUUAGUUUUUUAUAACAAACAAGGACACUAGCAUUCGAACUUGGGUUGAUCCCGCAGCAAUAUGGAUUGCUUUAAUCGUCAAGUACUAUCUGGCGGCUGUGUUGAGUCUCCGUAAGAUGAGAUCUUGUUCAUCUUACAGCGAGAGAAAAUUGCUCAGCCGCCGAGAGAGGCUCCGCAGGAGGAUUUUAUGUACCAGCCUCGACGCGGACCGUGAAUGAAAUGGAGCCGGCGGAAAAUGGAGAGUUUGUGCUGGCAUUGUCUGUUGAUCACAACGAAAAUGUGGACGGGAACAAGAAGAAUCACGUGCCUGUGGCUACCGAUUGUAAAAUUACAGAAGUGAAAUCUCGCCUGUUGAAUGACGGCAGCAAAAAACCGUACCCAGCGGAUAAGGUCAGCUCACCGGCGGAGAGCACCAUUAUGCUCGACUUGAUUCCGGACGGUGUCCCCGUGCAAAUGAACGACAGUUGUCUCAUUUUAAAACAACACAGAGAUGGCACACUAAACGGAUUUCCUGAGUCAUCUGUUGAAACAACGGCGGAUUCCGAGGCUGAAAGGGGGAACUGUGGGGGCACCCCAUCCGUCCAGACUGCAGCUGAGAGCACAGACAGACCGCAGGAAGGGAACGGAAUGUUUCUUCCCACUCGGGUUUCCGACUGUGUCGGGCCCAAGGAGUGUGCAGGGCAGACCGAGGAUUCAGAGGCGGAUAAGCUGGACAAGGGUCAUUUAAAUUCAGAAGCCAGGCCAAAGUCUACCGCUGCCUCUGAGGUAUUGUCAUGCGCCGGUGAGCAUCAGCAGAACUGCACUUGCACAUUGCCAGUUGCAGACAUGAAAUUGUCUAAUGGCGAAUUUGACUGUGGAAGUUCGAAUAGCUUGGCUGAGGACGUGGGGUGCAUUGGCCAUGGUGGCCAGGAAACGCAGGCUUCAGAAGAUGGACUUUUGUGCAAUGAACUUGAUGACCCUGACAGUGAAUCAAAGGUGUCAAAUGGUGGGUUGUUGAUUGUAACCAAUAGCUCAAUGCACUGUAAAAUAUCGAGUCUCACGCUCGAACCCCCAGGUGGCCUUUCCGAUGGCGGCGAAUUGACCCAUCAACUUGAAAACAUCCGUAGUUCACCCUUGUCUUAUAAAUGCUCCAGCCGAGAAUCGGGCCAUGCCAGCGGGGAGGCUUCUCCCGCUGCCCCGGUGACAGGGCCAGCUGGGGGUGCUUUGGAAUCAGAAGAGGCCCUGGCAGAACUUUGCGCAAAGUUGCCCGCAACACCGUCUCAAGAAGAUCACACCAGCAGUGAAAAUACAGAAACGGACUCGAGCUUGAGAGAGGAUUCGAGCGAUGCAUGCAUGCCUUGUAGGCCGCAGUCGCUCAGGACUACCCCAAGCUAUGCGGUGUCCCUCAGCUGUGACGCUACGCCACUCAGUCCCAUCGACGGGCUGGGGUACCUCGGUGCCGACGACUGCAUGGAUCCCGACGAGAUCUUCAGGGAUACGUUUGACGUCCCCCGCAGGCAGAGCGCCCCUGAAAGCUGGCCAGACGGACAUGCGGUGGAGCUGGAGAUAGGCAGUGAGCAGAGGGGCUCAGGCAAGAAGCAGGGCAUCACUGAAUUCUUUACCAGAGGCCUGUUCUCCAGGAGGCCUAAGGACCCAAAGCCAGCGGCCGCCACUGCAGCAGCCACCCCCUCAGGAGGAUGGAGGCUGUUUGGGAAACUCCCUCUGAGGGACAACCCCUCCAAAGACCCCAGAGCCAGCCAGCAGGACUGUAGCCCAGCCAGUGUCAGCUCUCUGUCCGCACCGAAUCUCUUAAUCACAGGGGAGUAUGAGGCGAAGGCAGGCCAAGCAGCUGGGGCCCUCCCCCAGAACCAGCCAACCAGGCGCAAGAACCUGGAGUUCGAGCCCACGUCCACCACCGCACUCAUCCUGGAGGAUAGGCCGGCGAACCUGCCGGCCAAGUCCAUGGAGGAGGCCCUGAGACACAAGCAGGAGUACGAUGAGAUGGUGGCAGGAGCUAAAAGGAGAGAGAUGAAGGAGGCCCAGAGGAAGAAGAGGCAGAUGAAGGAGCGCUUCAGGCAGGAGGAGAGUAUCGCCAAUGCCAUGGUCAUCUGGAACACAGAGAUCCUGCCCAAUUGGGAAGGAAUGAGGAACACACGGCGUGUGAGGGAGUUGUGGUGGCAGGGCCUACCUCCCAGUGUGCGGGGCAAAGUCUGGAGCCUGGCCAUCGGCAACGAGCUCAACAUCACGCCAGAGCUUUACGAGAUCUUCUUAUCGAGAGCCAAAGAGAAGUGGAGAAGCUUCAGUGAGACCAGCUCCGAAAACGAGGUUGAAGACUGUGGAGCUUCGCUGGCAGACAGGGAGUCCAGUCUGGACCUCAUCAAGCUGGACAUCUCCAGAACAUUUCCUUCCCUUUACAUAUUCCAGAAAGGUGGGCCUUACCAUGAUCUGUUGCACAGUGUGCUGGGAGCAUACACAUGCUAUAGACCAGACGUUGGCUACGUCCAGGGCAUGUCCUUCAUAGCGGCGGUGUUGAUUCUGAACAUGGAGGAGGCCGAUGCCUUCAUUGCCUUCGCCAACCUGCUCAACAAGCCUUGUCAAAUGGCCUUCUUCAGGGUGGACCACGACCUGAUGCUGAAGUACUUUGCAGCGUUUGAGGUUUUCUUCGAGGAGAACCUGCCUCGCCUCUUCCAACACUUCCAGACCAACAGCCUCACGCCAGACUUCUACCUGAUAGACUGGAUCUUCACGCUGUACAGCAAGUCCCUCCCCCUGGACGUGGCGUGCCGCGUGUGGGACGUGUUCUGCCGCGACGGGGAGGAGGCGCUGUUCCGCACGGGCUUGGGCAUCCUGCGCCUCUACCAGGACGUGCUGCUGCAGAUGGACUUCAUCCACAGCGCCCAGUUCCUCUCCCGGCUGCCCGACAACACGCCCGCGCACACCCUCUUCAACUGCAUCGCCAACACGCACAUGCUCAGCAACAACCGCCGGUGGAACCAGGUCUUUGCCGCCAUGAAAGAUGGGAGCAGAGAAGUGGACCGGAACAACAGCCCGGCCCUCAGAAGCUGAAGACUGAAGCCUGUGCGUGUGUGCAUGCGUGUACGUGCGUGUGUGGAGGACCUGAGCCUAUCAAGCCUCACACCCUUUUUUGGGCACUCCACCUCUUCUUCACUAAUUUGGAAUAUUUCAGAUUUAAUGUAUUGUGUGUGUGCGUGUGUGUGUGUGCGUGUGUGGGUUGAGUGUGUGUGUGUGAGUGAGAGAGAAUUAAAGCUUGUGCGCUUGUGUGUCGAUGUGCUUUAGUUUCUGGUCGGAGAUCCAGGGCAUGUAGCAUAUGGGGGAUCUGCUCCAAAGAUCCAGUCCUUAUGGCUUGGGAUCUGGGAAGCGAUCCAGUCUGUCUAGCUUGGGAUCUGAUUUUAAGAUCCAGGGCAUGUUGCUUGGGAUCUGGCUAGACUUCCAGUUUCGGAUUUGGGUAGACAUCCAAUCCAUACACAGGUCUGGGUAGUAGAGAUCCAAGCGGUGUGUUGCUUUGGGUAGGUCUGGGUGGCAGUGAGCCUUCCUUAGGAGCCGUAUGCCCCAUGAAGCCUGGAGAGGCGCACAGAGUACAGCACUGCACAGCAGAGUGAUGUCACGCACACGCCUGUGUCUACCUAACAACACACAUUGGUCUCUACCUGAUGGGCUGAGGAGCAUAGACCUCCUGUGGGACUCUCCGCACAACACAAUACAGUAUAUGCCACUCUUCCUACAUGCACAUUUGCACACAUGCAUACACUCGCACACAUAAACUUGAACUUUCUCUCUCUCGCGCGCGCGCUCUCUUUCUCUCGCUCUCUCUCUUUCUCU